AUGGCAAUCUACAAAGAAGGCGACCGAGUCAGCUACAAGCCUGUCGGAGGCCCCAACUCGAACACCAGUGCUAGCACCGGUAUCAUUCGUGGCGUCACCACUACACUAACCACACUGUCUGGCCGCAGUAUGACGGCUAUGGAGCAAGAGCCGCGCUACCAGAUCGAGAACGAUAAUACUAGUAAGAACUCUGUUGUCAAGGAGUGCAAUAUUCUUGGCCCUGCGGACUAA